CUCCCAAGCGCGCUGUGCGUGCGCCCAUGGCAGCGGCGGCGUGCGCACCCGGGCUCCCGCCGGGCAUUCUGUUUUCCCCCGAAGACGAGGUGGCGGUUGGGCACUACCUCCUUCCUCGCCUCCAGGGCUGGCCGCUUCCCAUCGACGGUCUCAUCCUCGAUGACGACCCGCUGAGCGCGCCGCCGUGGGAGCUCCUGGAGCGGAAUGGGCGCAAGGAGCAGGCUUUCUUCUUCGCGGAGGGGCAGGCGAGGUGCGGGAAGGGCACGCGGCAGAGGCGAACCUGCGCGGGCGGCGGAUGGUGGGAAGGGCAGAAGACGUGCGCGGAAGGCGACAAGCUGCGCGUCCCUGGCUGCGGCGGCGGAGGCAUUGAGGCCGCGUGGCGGAAGAAAGCCUUCAACUUCCACAGCGGCAGCGGCGGCGGCGACGGGAAGCGCAGCACGGGGUGGGUGAUGCACGAGUACGCGGUCACCGGACCGGAGGAUCUGGCGCGCUCGCCGCUCAGGUUGUACCACAUCCGGCUCAGCAGCUACGGGAGAAAGCAGUGCGGCGCCAUGGAGCUCCCGCCGGUGCUCGGGUUCCUGCCUGGCUUCGUCUUCGCCCCCGAGGACAGCGACGUCGUCGUCCAUUACCUCCUCCCUCGCAUGCUGGGCCAGCCGCUCCCGCUGGACGGCCUCAUCGUGGACGAGGACCCGCUGAGCGCGCCGCCGUGGGAGCUCCUGGAGCGGAACGGGCGCAGGGAGGACGCCUUCUUCUUCGCCUUGGGGCAAGCCAAGAGCAGCAAGGGGUCCCGGCAGAAGCGGACUUGCGCGGGCGGUGGGUUCUGGAACGGGGAGAAGACGUGCGUCGACGGCGAGAAGCUGCACGUCCCCGGCGGCGCGGAGGUGGCGUGGAGGAAGAAAGCGCUCAGCUUCCAGGAAGGCGGCGGCGGCGGCGAGAAGGGGGGCAGCACGGGGUGGGUGAUGCACGAGUACGCGAUCACCGCGCCGGACCACCUGGCCGAGUCGCAGCUGAGGCUGUACCGCAUCCGGUUCAGCGGCCACGGCAAGAAGCGGAAGCAGAGGGGAGAUGGUGGUGGUGGAGCUGGAGAUUCGUGCGGGGAUGUGCCAGCUCGGAACGAGGCCCGGCGCCGCCGCGUGGCAGAGGAUGCCGAUGCUCUGCUCCACAUGUCGUCGCCGCCGCCGCAGCAGCCCAGCUCUUCUUCGACAGUGCUGAUUGGUCACAGUUGCAUCAAUGGGGCCGACGACCACCACCACCACCACGCAGCACCGGCGACACUACUCGCCCCUGGCAUCGUCGACACGAACUCUGAUAGCCUGGGGAGCAUCGACAUUGACGAGCUGUUUCGCUUAGUUGAAAAUUACCCUUCACCCAACCCACGCGUCUCGCCGGCGGCGACGGGUUACGACGGAGCACAUCUGGAUGGUGCAGGCUCAAGCUUCCUCUGCAUGGAGCCGAUAGAUUCCGCAAUCUUCUUCACCGCGCCGUCUAACCAGUACUAUGCAGCCUGUUAGCGCAUUCCGGAAGCGGAUAGAUUGUUUAUAAAUUGUUUUAGUAUAC